AUGGAUCCAGUCAGCUUUGCCGUCGGUAUCAUUGGUCUGGCAGGACUAUUCAGCACCUGCCUUGAAGUUGUGGAAAAGUUCGACUCCUUCAAGGAAUUUGGUAUCGAGUCUCGUUCCAUAAGAGCGCAAUUUAAAGCCCAAAGACUGCGCUUACAACAAUGGGGUCAAGAUGUGGGCUUGCAAGGUGAUACGUUGAUGGAGAAGCAUAGCAAGCAGCUGGAUGAUCCACGGACAUACUCCAUUGUGGAGGAGCUAUUGUCUGCAAUUCGGGGGAUUUGUACUUAUGAGGAUGAUCUCACAUUAGCACCAGGCUCGCCUAUUGAGCAUCGUCAGUCUUUGAGGGAUCAACUGUGGCCAAGACAGGGCCGUCUCACUGGCCCGCAUGAUUCGAAGAGAGAGAAAAUUAGCUGGGCAUUGAGGAAUAAGGCGAGGAAAAUGGCUCAAGUGGGACAAUUCUGCUCUCUUGUCGAUAAUCUCCAUGACCUGGUUCCGGUCUCAGGGCGCGGCGAUGUUGUUUCUUCAAAGGAUGUAGAGUCGGAUCCAGGUGACGAUAUAUCUAAGGGUAAUGCCGUGGAUAGAGGAGGAUGGAUCACGGAGUUUGGACAUAUUCUAAGUGGCAUAGAGAAUGAGAUUGAAGACGAAAUCAAACGGGACCUUCAUCCUUGGCUACUAGGCCCCAGCUCUCAAAACGAGCUCUUUGAGAUAUCAGCAGGGAAAAGAAUCCAAGGUACUUGCGAAUGGGCUCUGACUAGGACUUGGUUUUUGGAUUGGUCUUCGUCCGAUUUCUCGGAAGGCGCCAAGGUACUUUGGAUCAAUGGUCCUGCCGGUUUUGGAAAGUCCAUUCUAUGUGCGAAGAUUGUCGAGCAUAUGACCUUAACCUCCAAAGCUCCGGUUGCUCAUUUCUUCUUUUCGUCUGACUUCGAAAGCAGACGCGACCCAUUCAUCGCCAUGCGUUCCUGGAUUUCGCAAAUAAUGUCCAAUAAAACAGCAUUUGGCUUGAUUCGCCAGAAAGCGUCCGAAAACCAAGGCCAAAAGUCCACUCGUGUUGACAUAGUCCAACUUCUGUGCGAGAUUGUUGCGGCCAUCCCUCAUUGCACAUUUAUUAUCGACGGGCUAGAUGAGUGCAGCUGGGUUGGAGAUAGACAAAAGAUAGCUGAUGGCGGAUCGGUCUUUGAUUUCUUAGAGACUCUCAUGAAGGCGGUAGAAGGCACUCAAGCCCGCAUUCUCAUCGUGAGUCGUGAUGAGCCAGAGAUCCGGAAUUGCCUUUCCGGUAACGCAAAGGCUCUUGUUAUAUAUCGCCACAGAAUCACGCCGGAUGAUGUUCGUUCUGACACCGAAACAUAUUCGCGAAUUAUUGUCAAUAAAAAGCUGUCGAAUCGUACAGAGGCUACCAAAGAAGACAUCGCCAUGAAGCUAUCCAAUCGCUGCAACGGGCAAUUCCUCUGGGUCAAGAUGCAAGAGGAUUGUUUGCGCAGCGGCAAGAGCCAGAAGAAAAUCGAGCAGGCUAUCAGUUCUACGCCUACUGGCCUUGAACAUACAUACGAGCGCAACUGGCAGAAGAUUUCGCAGCUUCCCGAUGAAGACAGGGACAGGACAAUCUCUUUGUUACGUUGGACAGCUUUUGCUUUAAGGCCAUUAACCGUUAAUGAGAUCACAGGAGCAUUGCUUGUCAGUCCUGCCUGCGACGAAGUGCGACUUGACGAGUUACCCGACAACGUUGACGAGGAUUAUAUCAACACGGAGAUCCUUGAUCUGUGCGGUUCUCUUCUCGAAAUUCGGAUUCCUCUGACUGAAUCUCACCCUGGGCUGAGAACGGUGCACUUGGCGCAUUUUUCGGUCAAACAAUACCUUUUAUCCAACAUUCCGUCGCAGGGGAAGAUUCUGCAAUUAAACUCAAAUUUGAAAGCCUCCAAGGAAGCAUUAGAAAGCACAUUACUCGCCAGCAUGUGUCUUUGCUACGUGGAUUGUGAGGAGGUUUGGGCCGAGAGCCCAGACAACGACGAAGACAAGAAGGUUCUGACUGCAUUUCGGGACUACGCAGCUGGCGCAUGGCAGAAACAUGCCUUCCUUGGCGAUUUGAAAGAUGAGAAAUUUAUCAAUCUCGUGAAACAGCUCUUUGAUACCGAAAAUCCCAGCUGGAGCUCAUGGAAGACUUGGUUUGAUUUAAAUGACAAGGAGGGUGGCAAGGGAGAGACUCCAGGUAAAAGGUUUGAAUGUGAAGAGAGCGAAGGGAAUUUCGUUAAUCAAACGGACUCCAUUGCGUCAAGCACGUCAGAUUGUCCCUUAUAUUAUGCAGCAUGGAUGGGUCUGACCGAAAUUGUGGACUACCUGGUCGUCAAGGACAAAGGACGCAUAGACGAAAAAGGAAACAAGGGAAGAACGGCCUUAGUAGCAGCGUGUGGAACGGGGAACGUGGAUAUUGUUCAGAAACUUCUCGAUAACGGGGCUGAUCACACAAUCACGGAUGAUGAUGGACAAACACCACUCGGAACCUCUUCGGCGAUUGGGCACUAUGAAGUCACCAAGUUGCUUCUGAUCAGCGGGGCUAACAUUGAAAGUGCAAACGCUCGCUUGGUAACGCCACUUUACUGUGCCAGCUUCAAGGGACACCUUCCGGUUGUCAAACUACUUCUUGAUCACGGAGCUAAUAUCGAGGCGCACGAUAUCAACGAUUGGACCCCACUGCACUCGGCCGUUGCAGAAGGUCAUAUAGAUACUGUGAAGCUUCUUCUUGAUAAGGGGGCAGACGUCAGUUUCCCCAACAUUUCGGGCAUUGUACCUCUAUACACUGCUGCGCGAAAGGGUAUGAUCGCCAUGACUCGACUUUUGUGUGAGCACGGCGCAGAUAUCAACGUUAGCACACAAUCUCAUCAGUGGACUCCUCUCAAUGCGGCUUCAGACCUGGGACAUGUGGACGUUGUCAAGUUCUUAAUCGGAAACGGUGCAGACAUGACCAUAAGAACCGACCAUGGUUGGACGCCAUUGCACUCAGCAGCGGACAGUGGCCAUUUAGAAGUGGUCAGAAUCCUGUACGAAAAUGGAGCUGACAUCGAAACGUUGAAUGAGAAUUCAAUGACACCGCUAUAUUCUGCUGCACUUCAAAAUCACUUGAAAGUUGUGGAGUUUCUUCUCGGAAAUGGCGCCAAUGUAAACGCACAGCACGAUACUGGAUGGACAGCACUGAACUGCGCAGCUGAGGGCGGCUUUGUCGAAGUCGUCAACAGGCUUAUUGAUCAUGGAGCAGAUUUGGAACUUGCGAAUGAUAUCGGAAUGACACCCAUUUGCACUGCAUCGCUCUAUGGUCAUCACGAAGUGUUAAAUAUCCUUCUCAAACACGGCGCAGACUAUAAGACUGUAACCAAAACUGGAUGGAGUCCCUUCAGUGCUGCUUGUUCCCAGGGCCACGCAGAAGUUAUCGGGCUGCUUCUUAAACAGACCCCCGAUCUGGAAUCUCCCGACCCUAGUGGAUGGACGCCUCUCAACGGAGCAGCCAAUCGUGGGCAUCUCGAGAUUGUGAAAAUGCUUCUUGAAAAGUCUGCAAAUAUCGAGUCCAAAAACAAAAGCAACAUGACACCUCUAUACAGCGCCUCACUCGGCGGCCAUAACGAGAUAGUGAGGCUUUUACUAGACAAUGGGGCCGAUGUCAAUGCCCAACACAAGAAUGGCUGGACACCGCUCAACUCUGCUGCAUCAAGAGGACACCUUGACGUUGUCAAACAAUUGCUAGCCAAAGGAGCCGAUAUCAUGAUCACUGCUACAGACGGAUGGGCCCCGCUGAAUUCAGCCGCCGAAAGUGGCCAUCUUGAAGUAGUAAGUACACUUCUUGAGUACGGCGCAAAUAUUGAAUCAAAAAUCACCACUGGAUCGACUCCCCUAUACUGUGCUGCUUCUGCAGGUCAUCUGGAAGUGGUCAGGGCACUUAUCAGGAAAGGUGCGGAUUACACAGUACCGAACAAGCAUGGAUGGACUCCAGUCAAUGUCGCGUCCUCAAAUGGUCAUAUUGAGGUAGUCCGACUUCUCCUUGCCCAGAAUCCUCCACCUAGCCUAACUGAGUGUGAUUUAAAUGGAUACACCCCGUUGAAUGCAGCAUCAGAUCACAACCACGUUGAAAUUGUGAAACUACUUCUUGAAAAAGGAGCAGAGAUCACGUUAGAGACGAAGAAUGGGAGCUACUAUACACCCCUUUACAGCGCCGCCCUCUACGGAUGGACCGAAGUUUUGAAAAUCCUUAUUGAUUGGGGAGCAAAUGUCGAUGCCCAGACAAAGAUUGGACACACCGCAGUAAAUGCAGCAUCUUUCAGAGGCCAGACAGAAGUCGUGAAGUUACUUCUAGAAAAUGGAGCAGAUAUUUCGAUUGCGGACUGUUACAACGCAACACCCUUAUAUAGUGCCUCGGUCAAAGGUCAUUCUGACAUUGUCCGUGUGCUGCUUCAAAACGGAGCUGACGUCAACAUAUCCAGAGAAGGCAAAUGGAGCCCACUCAACGCGGCAGCUGGAGCAAGUCCUGAUAUUGUCAAGAUGCUUCUCGCACAUGGAGCAGAUGUGGAAAGCGCACAAAUCAACGGACGACGGCCACUGCAUACAGCCGCGCUGGCUGGGGAUCUUGAAACAAUCAACUUGUUGUUUGAGUUUGCAAAACCUGAACUGGAAGCUCAAGAUCAGUGUGGCCGUACCCCAUUCUUUCUCGCCGCUGUGAAAGGACAUGUGCCCACCUUGAAGUUCUUACGCUCAAAAUCUGCUGUUGUGGACGUGAGGGAUAGGUAUGGUGCCACGCCGUUGAUAGUGGCGGCUAGGAAUGGACUGGAAGAGACUGUGCAAUAUCUACUCUUAUUGACAAGUCCAUCUGAAGUUUCUAUUGAGGGUGGGUUUGACCGGAGCCUUCUUUGGUGGGCUCUUGGAAGUGAAAGUCAACAGGUGAUCCAGCUUGUGCGACAAUUUACCGAAAAAGCCAGCACCAAUAUUUCUGAGACUAGCUCCCACGUCGAAUGCUCCAUGGUCAAAUUUGAUCAUGAAAUUCGUUGGUGUGAUUGUGUCGGCUUUGGAGCCAAGUGCGUUGAUUCAACUCAUGAUUGGGAGACAAAGGAGCCUGUACUUGAGCCUGAGGAACCCAAGGAUGACUGA